AUGAUCGCUGAAGCUCUGCGCUUCUAUGGUACCAUCGACAUCCUCAUAAACAACGCGGCUUUCUUGCUCGGCGGAGCUAUCGAAGAAUGCUCGGACGAGGAGGUGUAUCAGCUAUUCAACACCAAUGUGUUCGGAGUAUUCCGCAUUCUGCGUGCUGUGCUACCUCACAUGCGUGCAAAGCGUUCAGGUGUGGUAGCCAACAUCGGAUCAGCAUUUACCUGGACCGGCAUCAAGACAUUAGGCAUCUAUGGCUCCACCAAAUUUGCUUUUGCUGGGCUUACCUUGGCCUUGCGCACCGAUUUGGAUCCAUUCUGCAUCGACGUGACGAUCAUCGAACCAGGUUCGCUCCGGACGGCCAUCUUGGGCAAGGUUUCUUACCCAUGA